AAGAAAUGGUGGCUAGGGUUUAGUAACAGUGACUGACUGACCCAAAAACCCUUCAUAGAGAUAAACUUCGAAUCUUCUUCUUCUUCUUCUUCUUUCUUUGGAAAUUGGAAUCGAAUCAGCUGAACAAUAACAACAACAACAUGGCCGAAGAAGAUUCAGAGCUAAAGCGCGCAACAAUGGUCGCCGACGAGACCAACAACAAGAAGAAGAAGCGCAAGAGAAAUAGACCCAACAAGAAUUCAGCGGAGGAGGAGGAGCCUCAAAACCCUCAAAAUGAAGAAGAAGAAGUUGAAAAGGUUGAGGAGGAGGAGAAUAAGAUGAAGAAGAAGAAGAAGAAGAAGAAUAAGAAAGAGAAGAAGAUGAAGAUUGAAGAGCAGAAGAAAGAGGAGGAAGAGGAAGAGGAAGAGGAAGAGGAAGAGAGAGAGAAUGGUGAGGAAUCGACGGAAGAGAAGAAGAAGAAGGUGAAGAAGAGUGGUGGUGGGAUUAUGAGCAGUGAGUCCUUUGAAUCUUUGGGUCUCUCUGAACCCACUUCCAAUGCUAUUAAGGAUAUUGGAUUUCAAUAUAUGACUCAGAUUCAAGCCAGAGCAAUUCCACCACUAUUGCUUGGCAAAGACAUUCUUGGAGCUGCAAGGACAGGUUCUGGGAAAACUCUUGCUUUUCUAAUACCAGCUGUUGAGUUGUUACAUCACAGCCAUUUUUCUUCACGUAAUGGAACUGGAGUCAUCGUUAUUUGCCCAACAAGGGAACUAGCAAUACAGACUCAUGCUGUCGCAAAAGACCUUCUCAAGUACCAUUCCCAGACUCUUGGUUUGGUUAUUGGUGGUUCAGCUAGAAGAUCGGAAGCAGAGCGUAUUGUCAAGGGAGUGAAUUUAUUAGUUGCAACCCCUGGUCGACUGCUUGAUCAUCUUCAAAAUACCAAGGGAUUCAUGUUUAAAACCUUGAAGUGCCUAAUAAUUGAUGAAGCUGACAGGAUACUAGAAUCAAACUUUGAGGACGAAAUGAGGCAGAUUAUUAAGCUCCUACCAAAGAAUAGGCAAACAGCUUUAUUUUCAGCUACCCAGACUAAAAAGGUUGAGGAUCUUGCACGCUUAUCAUUUCAGACAACUCCUAUCUAUAUUGAUGUGGAUGCUGGGAGAAAAAAGGUCACCAAUGAAGGGCUGCAGCAAGGCUAUUGUGUUGUGCCCAGCGCCAAGAGAUUUAUUCUUUUGUAUUCCUUCUUGAAAAGGAAUCUGUCAAAGAAAGUGAUGGUCUUCUUCUCUUCAUGCAAUUCGGUCAAAUUCCAUUCUGAACUACUGAGAUACAUUCAGGUGGACUGCCUUGAUAUCCAUGGAAAGCAAAAGCAGCAGAAAAGGACAUCAACCUUUUUUGACUUCUGCAAAGCAGAGAAGGGGAUCUUAUUAUGUACUGAUGUUGCUGCUCGUGGGCUUGAUUUUCCUGAUGUGGACUGGAUUGUGCAGUAUGAUCCUCCAGAUGAGCCCAAGGAUUACGUUCAUAGGGUUGGUCGAACAGCUCGUGGGGAAGGUGCAAUAGGAAAUGCUCUGAUUUUUCUGAUACCUGAAGAGUUGCAACUUCUUCGCCUUCUAAAGGCAGAAAAAGUCCAUGUUAAAGAGUACGAAUUUGAUCAAAAGAAGUUGGCUAAUGUGCAGUCUCACCUGGAGAAGUUGGUGGGCAGUAACUAUUACUUGAAUAAGUCAGCUAAAGAUGCAUACAGAUCCUACUUAUUAGCAUAUAACUCUCACUCUAUGAAAGACAUCUUUGAUGUUCACCGCCUUGAUCUGCAGGCUGUUGCAGCUUCUUUUUGCUUUUCAAACCCACCAAAAGUGAAUCUGAACAUAGAUAGUGGUGCUUCAAAGUUCAGAAGGAAAAUGCGAAAAGUUGAAGGAGCUAAACAUGGUUUUAGUGAGAGCAACCCUUAUGGAAGACAGGGAGGUGGAGAUGAUAAACGACAAUUUUCAAGGCAUUAAAUAGGCGGAGUCUGUAGAGUAUUGUGCCUCUGCAAUAGAGGGUUUUUCCUUUUUCUUUUUCAUCACCAUGUACUGGUGGUCACGAUAUCUUGUGUAUUGACUCUGAUGAUCUCUCGAGCAAAAUCUUGUAUGUGAUGCGCAUACAAGAAGCUUAACAAAAGUCAAACUCGGCAUAAAUGCUCAAAAAAUUUUGAUUUUAAUGUUAAUUUUAAUUAGUCCUAAUUGGUUUCCUCUC